CAAUGCCCAACUCGAACAGAGCGAAUGACAGAAAUCUCAAACGGGAAUACCGGAUACCGUCGAGCGCUUGACAAACUCUCCACAUCUCUUUCCUCGCAAUAGUCACUGGUGCGAAUAUCUCUCAUUCUAUCCUUCUCGCUCCACAGUGUGGCAGUGGCAACGUUUGCUCACUGUAACUAUAGGUGUAGUGUAGAGCUACACACACAGUGGUGGUGUUCAUCCACUUUUGUGUUGUACUGUAGUUUUGCCAAGUUGGAGUCGUUCGGAAUUAGACUCGCUACAUGUGUUUUGUAGUGCGGGAAAUGUCAAAGUGCUGUGAACGGUGCCGAUUUUGAGUGGUCGCGAAGUGGUCGCAAGUGAUUUCUUUUUGUUUAACAGGGGAAAAUGCACCGCCCCCCGGCGGAGCGGCGGCGGCGCGCGAACUCAGCAUUUUUUAGAUUCCGAUAGACUUCGAAAGUUGUUCGUACUUAUUUGAAAUUUUAUACAAUUUGUGUUUUGUGUUAAUAAUACUGAAGGAAAGUGAUAUUUGAAAGUGGCAUCGGGUGAAAAUGAGAAAUAUCCGUUUAUGUUUGUUCGACGUGACAAUAUGGGUCCUAGUUGUGUAUUUAACGCUACAUUUACCCACCAUCGAGAUGAGGGUAGACGAUUUGGAGCAACCAGCACCUAGACAGCAUCAACCACCAGCGUCCACGCAGAAGCCAGAGCCGGCGAACCAGUCAAACCUGAACUUGGGCAAAUGUUUCCACAUGCCACGCUCCCAGUGUCCUCCUGAGCGUGGUACAUGCGCCAAGGUCAGCGCCGCCUCCGUCUUCUGCUGCGAUCUGGACAGCGUCAGCUUGAAGGAGGCAUUGUCCAACACAAUGACGCAGAACACGACGCACCUGCACGUGCUGAACGCGACCAUCGAUGAGCUGGACGUGUCGCAGGCGGUGUUCCGACGGCUGGUGUCCAUGGCGCUCACCGACGGCGACAUAGGCAAGAUCGUCGGUCAGUUUCCCAAGUACUCGUCACUGGCGUGCCUGAACAUCUCCAAUAACAAUUUGACUAGUUCGAAGCUGCAGCCGUCCAUCCAGCGUCCGUUCGCCUAUCUCUUCAACCUGAGGGUGCUGGACGCUUCGGGGAACAACCUCACAGAGUUCCCGCUCAGUCUAGUGCAUAGUAACAGGAAUAUUUCUGUUGAUUUGUCAGGAAAUAAGUAUCUCCCGUGCAAGCACUUCCAGAAAGCGAUGUAUGAGACCAACAACAGUUCCCUGGUGACAUUCCUCAACUACAAUCAGACUUACUGCGCGCUCGAUCUGGAGUUCAACUGGUUUAAAGAUGUGCAGAUUGUUCAAAUCGAUCAUCUUCGGGUGCAGAAAGAGCUAAACGCAAGCUGCCGCAGAAUGGAGCCCGAGAACAUCAACUGUACCUGCAUAUUGGAGCGACUAGAGCUGGUGGGCGAGGAAGUGAUCAACCUGGUCGCUGUGGAUUGCUCACAGCGCCACCUGAAGAAUAUGCCCACCAAUUUGCCCCCUAAUACUGUUAAGCUGAAUGUAUCGUAUAAUAAUAUCACAUCGCUGGAGGCGGUGGGCGACGACCCCACGUACGAGCACCUGCGGCAGCUGAUCGUGGACUAUAACGACAUCGUGAACAUCGUCGAGCUGGAGGGCACCAAGUUCAUUGACAACUUCAUGCUGUUCUCCAUUGUGCAUAAUAAACUUAAAACUAUCCAUACUUACGUGCUGUGGAACCGGUUCGACACCAAAGGCCCUACAUUCCUAAUAGCGGGGAAUCGCAUUCACUGCGAUUGUAACACUGAAAAAAUGCUCAAGCCAUGGCUCCAAGAGAAUUUCAAAAACAUACCAGACUACAAAGGUUUGGAAUGUGAAGACAACAUGGGGCCGGUGGUCGAACUGAUCGAGUCACGUGUCUGUCACACGCCUCGCGAUUGGACGGACUAUAUUUACUACAUUAUAGGUUUAGAAGUUUUAGUAUUAGUUUUACUAAUUAGUAAAGUGUCUUACGACUAUUGGGUGUUUAAAACAGCCGGGUACUUGCCGUGGCCAGCCAAUAAGAUGCCGAGGUUGCCUUGUGAUUGGUUGUGCGAGUGAGAUCGAUGAUAACCUCAAUUUGGGAGGCAAAGACAUAUAAUAUAUUCAGCCAUAAUAUGUUGUUUUUUUUUAAUUCGUAAAAAAUAUAGGGUUUAAAAAAAUUAAAAUGUUAAUUUAUUUACAAUAUUUGUUAUUACGUUUAGUAUACAUUAAUUAUUAUAUCUAGUGGGUAACUACUUUAAUAACCUUGCUAAGUUAAAAAUAUAUAUUACCUACUUAAAAUUAGUUAUUUAAAAAUCAGGAAGUUGUUUGUAAAACAAAUUAGAGAUCUCCUAUUAAAUAUGUUGUACAUUUUUAAAGGAUUUAGUUAAGAUAUAUGUAUAUAAAUGUUGAAAUAUAUGUAAGUGUAGAUGUAUUGUAUUAUUUCUUGGAAGAAGACUAAGUAAGUAAGUCACUAAAAAAAUUGUAUUAUGUUUGGAAUCUCCAAAUAAAUAUUGUCUCGAUUUUAUGCGCUUAUAAUAUGAGGCUAAUUAAAGACGUAUGCUAAUACGUCUCGGUUUCGAUAGAACUUGAAAAGAUAACCAACUUUUGUUCUAAAUAAAAUAUGGAACAAAUUGAAUCGAUUAAUCGAUUCGUAUCACUGGCUGAUAGUCGAUUCAAUUAUUCGAUUGUUCAUAUUAAGUUCUGUUGAAACAGAUUUCUGUUUGUGUCUAAAACGUUGAUUGGUAGGGUUUCUUGAAUUUAUGAAUUUAUCCAUCAUUGCUGGAGAUAAAUGGUGAGGUUAAGAAUUUAUUGUUAAUCAAAUUAGAAAAUUAUGUUACGUUGACGUCGUUAUUUUUUUUUUGUGUAAUAAAAUUUUACCCCCUUAUUGAUAAAAAUGUUAAACCACAUAAACCUAUUUUAGCUAUUGAACUGUUUUAUCUCUUUCUUUUGUGUUUUUUCAAUUCGAAAGUUAAUAAUAGUUAAAAGAGGUAUGCAGGUUUUAAUUUUUAUGAAUAAGAGAGUUUAAGUGUGCGCAAAUAGUAAUGGCGUCGAAUCCGAAAUGUCACUUUUCUAAACCAUUGUAUAACCUAUUAUUUUAAUUUGUUAGUUUCGCAGAAUUACUAUUUUGUGAAU